AUGCCUCCGACAUCGCCCCCGUCGCGGGGGUGCUCUACUGCGUUUACCCUCCACGAAACCUUCUUCCUACACCUCCUCCUCCUCCUCCGACCGUCGUUCUGGGCCGCCGCCGAGAUUGCGCCACUAGUUGGAGGAGUAGAUCACGGGAGCGGCGGCGGAGAUCCUGCGGUAGUUCGUUUUCCCUGCACAAAAACACCCCAUCAGACCUACUCCUUCUGCAACUCCUCCCUUCCCGUUCACUUGCGAGCCCAUGACAUCGUCUCUCGGCUUGACCUCCGAGAAAAAUUCCAACUCCUUUCCGACGCCGCGGCCCCGGUGCCCCGCCUCGGGAUCCCGGCCUACGAGUGGUGGUCUGAGUCCUUGCACGGCCUCGCCCAGAACGGGCCGGGGGUCAACUUCAGCGGUGGCCCCAUCUCCGCGGCCACCGUUUUCCCUCAGGUGCUCCUCCAGGCCGCUGCCUUCAAUCGAACGCUGUGGAGCUCGGUGGCCAGUGCUAUAGCGGUGGAGGCGCGCGCCAUGUACAACGUCGGCCAAGCGGGUCUCACCUUCUGGGCGCCCAACGUAAAUCUCUUCCGGGAUCCCCGUUGGGGGAGGGGACAGGAGACGGCAGGCGAGGACCCGAUGCUUGCGUCGGCGUUCGCCGUCGAGUACGUGAAGAGCCUCCAGGGAGGGUGGUCACCCCAGAGGCAUCUCGGUGGUGGUCACAGAGCUGGUAAUCAAGCGAAGAGGUCCUUGCUGGGGUCUGGAGAUGGCGGUGAGGACGGGGAUUCGCCUUUGAUGCUGUCCGCAUGCUGCAAGCACUACGCGGCCUACGAUCUGGAGGCGUGGGGCAACUUCUCUCGCUACACCUUCAACGCCCUGGUCGGUCGGUUGGUCAGAUAACUCGCUCGCCCUUUGUUGUCUUUUGGGAGAGCACACGGUCGUGGGACUAAUCCGAGAUUUUUCCUGACGAAGGUGACGGAGCAGGACAUGGGAGACACGUAUCUGCCCCCCUUCCGGAGCUGCGUCCGCGAGGGGGGAGCAAGCUGCCUGAUGUGCUCCUACAACGAGGUGGACGGCGUCCCUUCUUGCGCCAGCCGGGAGUUGUUGCAGCUUGCUCGGGACGAGUGGGGCCUCCAAGGGUGCGCCCGACACCUGUUUGCGGGAAUGCCUGAUCGGACAAUUCUCCGCUCCCUCCCUCCCUAAUUAUUCCACCGGUAUUUGAAGUGUAGAUACAUCACCUCCGAUUGCAACGCCGUGGCGACGAUCUACGAGUACCAAAGAUACGCCGCCACGCCUGAAGAUGCUGUUUCCGAUGCCCUGACUGCGGGUAAGGAGUGGUGCUCGCCGGCCUCUAACCCUGACUCGUCGCUUGCUAGCCCUGGCCACCCUCGUUCUGACGACGCCGCUCUUCUCGGCAAGGCGUGGAUAUCAAUUGUGGAGGGUAUUAUACGACGUACGCCGAGUCGGCAAUCAACCAGGGGAAGCUCCGGGAGGAAGACGUGGACCGAGCGCUCGUCAACCUGUUCUCCGUUCAAAUCCGGCUCGGGCUCUUCGACGGAGACCCAGCGGAGGGGCCCUUUGGUGAACUAGGACCCCGGCAUGUGUGCAGCGCAGAGCACCAGGGCCUGGCUAUGGAGGCUGCGAGGCAGGGCAUCGUCCUCCUCAAGAACAAGGGGAACUUUCUGCCUCUGAGAUCCGGUGACGUGGCCUCCUUGGCCGUCGUCGGUCCCGCGGCGAAGAGCUCGAAUUCCACAAUUAUUGGCGGGGGCUACACAGGUUCCUCCCUCUCUGCCUUGCUUCUGGCUUCCCAACUGUUGAGGCCAUCCGUUCGACGCAUGCAUGGACUUCCCUUCACUAGUGUGCUGCACCUCGCACUGAAACAGGAAUUCCCUGCAAGCGGCGGAGCCUGCAUGAGGGUCUGCAGGCAUUCGUACGCGAGGCUUUGUUCGCGAGCGGGUGCCCCAGCGUUCCAUGCGCCUCCGAUGACGGGUUCGCUGAAGCCGUAGCCAUCGCCCGGGAGGCAGAUGCGGUUGUCGUCGUUGCCGGUCUCGACACGACCCAAGAGGACGAGGACCACGACCGGGUGAGCUUGCUGUUGCCCGGUAAGCAGGAGGAUCUUGUGAACGUAGUGGCCGCUGCCAGCAAGCUUCCCAUCGUGCUGGUCCUCAUGGGCGGUGGCCCCCUCGACGUAUCGUUCGCCAAGGAGGACCCCCGGAUCGCGAGCAUCCUGUGGAUUGGCUACCCGGGAGAGGCCGGAGGGCGAGCCCUCGCCGAGGUGAUCUUCGGAGAGUUCAACCCAGGUUCGUGAACUUUCAUUACAGACCCGUCGCCCGCCCCUCCCUCGCUCUCUCUUUCUCUCUCUCCAAGUCGCCUGGCAUGGCGUUGCUCGAGACCUUCUCCGAUUGUGUUGGAGGUUCUCAACCUGAUUGGAGUCGAGUUUGACCGGUGGAAUGUGGGCAGGUGGACGGCUGCCGAUGACGUGGUACCCGGAAUCCUUCACCAGCGUGCCGAUGGACGACAUGCACAUGCGGCCCGACCCGUCCCGGCACUACCCGGGACGAACUUACAGGUUCUACACCGGAGAUGUGGUGUACGGCUUCGGCCACGGCUUGAGCUACUCUGGUUACUCGCAUGAGUUCCUGUCGGUGCCGGACAAGAUCGACUUGUCGUCGUCCCCCGGCGCAGAGGUGGUGAGAGGGCGGGACGGGACGGCGGAUUUCGUCUACGUGGACAAGAUGCCGGAGUCGUCGUGCGCGGCGCUCGGGUUCCCAGUGGUCGUCUCGGUGAGGCAGCUUGGGAUCCCGAGGGACGGCAGCCACGCGGUCCUGCUCUUCUUCUCCGCGUCGGGAGGGGGAGGAGGAAGGACUCCUCGGAAGCAGCUGAUCGGAUUCGACCGUGUCCAUUCGAAGGGGCCCGGGGGCGCGACCACCACGGCAAGAAUGGCGGUCGACCCGUGCGAGCACCUGAGCAUCGUCGACGAGGCCGGCAGCAGGAUACUACGCCUGGGGGAGCACGCUCUCAUGCUCGAGGGCGGCCAGCAGCGCUCCCUCUCCAUUGAAUGA